AUGUCGGUCUGUAUGUUUGAUGGUGAGAAGAUGCGAGUGGUUUUGUCGUUGAGUAACGCUAGCAGCGUCGGGCUGUUUUAGUUUGAUCCGAGGAGUACUCUUGUUGCGGAGGGAGGUUGGGAUGUAGAGAGGAACAGGUUCUGUGGCGCUGCGUGCAGGAUCUUGAAUUUCACUGAUUCUUUGAGUAACGCUGUUGUUGGUGACUGUUUGCUGAGGUUGAGUUUGAGGUUUCCAGCUUCCUUGUCGAUUAAAAACAUGGCUCCGGUAGUUGGGGAGCUUUGGAGUGAUGAUAAUAAAACAAGAAUCGAGUUCAAGAGCGUAAACGAACCGUUGUGGCGUUUCUCUGGAAAAGAGUAUGAGUAUACAGAGAGGGAGAGAGUGAGUAAGCUAUGCGAGAGCCGGUCCAAAAGCAAAGGGAAGCAUUACCCUGAUGCUCAGACUUCAGACAUGAGAUUUGUCAUGUCGGUGUCUGGAGGAGACAAUGUGUUGAGAUCUGCUCGUGCAAGCCCUUACUUCAUUGGAGAUAGACUGUACCGUGAUCUCUUGGUUCGUGGGCAAGGUGCUGCUGGGGUAAGUGGAAUCCCUGUGAAUGUUGUCACCAAAAGCUUCACCAACAUCACUUACAAGAUCCGUUUCUUGAAUCCUGUGUCUGAAUCUCGUGGAGAUAUCUAUGCAGAGGGAACGUAUGAUAGGGAUACAGGUGAGUUAUGUAUGGUUGGAUGUCAAUCGGUUAAGCUGGUGGAUUGCAGUCUCGCGAUCAGAUUCAAGUUCUCUCCGGUUGAUUCGAGAAGCGAUGACCGGUUAAAAGGAGCAAUAGAGAGCACACGGGAGAAGAUAGAUCCGCUUUACGUUGGACAUAUGGAGGUUGUGUCUAGGUCCAUCUACGUUCAUCAAGCUAAAGAAUCUGUUUGGAGAAUGCAUUUGGAGAUUGCUAUGGUUUUAAUAUCCAACACGCUCUCGUGUCUCUUCGUUGGGUUGCAGCUUUACCAUAUGAAUAAGCAUCAAGAAACGCUUCCUUUCAUCUCCGUGACAAUGCUGACGCUUCUCGUGCUCGGUCACAUGAUUCCUCUUCUGUUGAACUUCGAAGAGCUCUUCAAAAGCGGUAAUAACCAGGAGAGCUUGUUCUUCGAGAACGAUAGAUGGCUUGAAGCCAAGGAGAUUGUGGUGAGGAUAGUGACGAUGAUUGCUUUCUUACUCGAGUGCCGUCUUCUCCAGCUAGCUUGGAGCGCUAGAAAAACACCGGAGCAGCAGCAGCACCGUGACAACGUGUGGAACGCAGAGAAGAUGGUGUCUUACGUGUGUUUGCCUCUCUACAUCUCAGGCGGAUUGAUAGCUUGGCUAGUGAACCGUAACAGAACACCUAAAAGAGUGGUGUACAUAGGGAAGCCGCGGUCGUCACGGAACCUCUUGUACCGUCCCGUGACGUUGAAACGCUCUUUCAAGCGUCCUUCUCUGUGGAAAGAUCUGAAGUCUUACGGAGGUUUGAUGCUUGACGCCUUCCUUCUCCCUCAGAUACUCUUCAUUGGGUUCAGCAACUCGGAUGCAAAGUCUCUUGCCGCUUCGUUUUACGUUGGACACAGCUUCGUUCGGUUGCUACCUCAUGCUUAUGAUCUCUACAGAAGUCACAGCUACGGGAAGAUACUCGACUGGUCGUUCAUCUAUGCAAGCCACAAAGUGGACUAUUACUCCACUGCGUGGGAUGUCAUUAUCCUCUGCGUCGGUUUCCUUUUCGCUGUUUUGGUUUUCUUGCAGCAGAGAUUUGGUGGUCGUUGUUUCAUCCCUAAGAGGUUCACAGAGGAUGUGAGAUAUGAGAAAGUUGUAGAGUUACAACAAACUGGUGAGCUACACAAGUCCAAUGAUUUUUCUUGAUAAUAUACAGGCAGAUACACAGUUUUUGUCUUUUUAUUGUUUUGUUGGUUGUAUUGUAUCCAGCUUUUUCUUUUGGUGGGAACAGAUUGUUACAGAGUGAAUAUAAACUUAGCAAUAAGCAUGUAA